AUGAUUCUUGUAAAUUAUUCUUUCUUAAAGGCAUCACCUUUGCAAAUUAAAGAAGUAUAGACAAACUCUCUUGAGAUUUUCAUUUUAAGUAGAAGGAACAUCUAAAAUGUAGGAAUUCAAAGUAAGAUUUCAAUUUUUAUUGAAUUAUUAGAUGUUUGGGUUAAUGUUAAGCCAAAAGAAAGAUAUUUAUUCCUAAAAGUAGGAAAAAAAAGAGUGGAAGAUUACAAAAAAUGA